UUCUACUGUGCGCUACCGUAGAAGCCACUGCUUUCACGAAGGUUCCCCCAUCUCCUCUGCUGCCUGCCGGAGUGCCGGAACAUGUCAAACACACACUGCUGCAGCAGACCAAGGCAAGAAAUGAACGAAGGCACAUCACAUGGUCCGGGUCAUCAUCACACACGCUCGCACCACAUCAUCGUUUUCUGCGUACUGUAAGUACGCCAGAGAGACCAAACCAAACCCGUCUUCUGCUUCCCGUCUCCGGCCGCGGAGGAAGGAGUACCUAUAAAUACGCUGCCUCGCCCGCCGCGAACCCGCGCAACAGCGCGCCAGCCAACGACCAAGUGCAAACGGCGAUGGAUUUCAAGCGCACCACCACGGAGCCUCCGGCGGCGGCAACUUCGCCUUCGGCUUCGCCGUCGCUCGGGUCGUCGGGGCAGCAUCCGUCCCCGCCGAAGCGGCCGGCGGGGCGGACCAAGUUCCAGGAGACGCGGCACCCGGUGUUCCGCGGGGUGCGUCGGCGCGGCCGGGCCGGGCGGUGGGUGUGCGAGGUGCGCGUCCCGGGCAGCCGCGGGGACCGCCUGUGGGUGGGCACGUUCGACACCGCCGAGGCCGCCGCGCGCGCGCACGACGCCGCCAUGCUCGCGCUCUGCGGCGACGCCGCGUGCCUCAACUUCGCCGACUCCGCUUCGCUGCUCCACGUCCCGCGUCCCGCCGCCGACCCCUCCGCCGCUGUGGGCCUCCCCGACGUCCAGCGCGCCGCCACCGAGGCCGUCGCCGGGUUCAUGCUGCAGCGCCAGCGCGGCGGGCACGACGCGCCCGCCGCUGCCUCGCAGGACAAUGCCGCUUCGGCUUCGGCGGCGGCGGCGGGCGUGGACCACGCCCACGCGCCACGUGCCGUGGGGCCGCCGGCGGUGGACAGCUUGCUCGAGCUGGAUGUGUUCGGCGGCAUGGACGACGCCGGCUCCUACUAUGCGAGCUUGGCGCAGGGGCUGCUCAUCGACCCGCCGCCGCCCGCCGUGGACUGCCCCGACGAGGAUGAAGAUUGCGGCGCCGGUGAGAUGGAGCUGUGGGGCUAGCCGAGCGUAGCGCCCCCGGCCGUGAUCCGAAGAUCCGAGUAGGAGUAGAGAGCAGAGGAUUAACGCUGUGCGUUUCCCGCAAACAAAACAAUCUGUUCGUUUCUUUUUUAUGCUUUUGUUUCACACGCUUAGAAUUUAGAAAAUAGAAAUCUUGCCGUUCUCUCUGGAUUGGCUAGAACUAGAAAUACUACAUUGCAUGUUUGCAUUUGAGAAGGUUUAUUUCGACGGGCUUUAGACAUGCCCAAACUUGGGCUAGGUUUUCCCGUCUUUGAAUCAACCAUUUUUUGUUAAACCGAACAAUGUAUUGAAUAAACAGUCAGUAAAUCCAGUAUGUGGAAA